AUGUGCAGUACAAAAAAGAAGAGAGGGAGAAGACCAAAACCAGCUAACAAUAUUGUCAAUGCGGAAGCAGCAGGGGUGACAAAUGUUGAAACACAAACUGAGCCUCACUUGGACGGUGAGCAGCAGGUAGAAGACUCAGUUAGAGAGGAUGUAAGAGAUGAAAUGUCUGACAGAGUUGUGAAUGAGGAGGAACCUGAAGGAGAGAUUGAGUUAUCUGGUGAGGAUGACAAUGUGGCUCAACCUACCCGAAAGAGACAGCGAGGACCAACAAGGAUGAAAGACAUCGCCAAAGAUCCAAAUAACAAAGUUCGAGUAGACUUCACCAUCGUGGGCGAACCGUACGGCUCUGGGUCAGUGAAGUUGUCUUCGUAUGUAGGUGCAUUGGUACGCGAACAUGUUCCUAUUCGUUGGACAAAGAUCGGUGAAGAUGUGAAGACAGUUCUCUGGAAAUCUGUCCAGGCAAGAUUUGAGCUAGAAGAAGCUUACCAGAAGACUGUGGAGCUGAGCAACAGCUAUAAGGAAAGAAGAUGUAAACAAAUCCCUCACACAUGUAGUCGUAAAGGAAUGGUUAGACUUGCUGAAGAGAUGAAAAACGCUAGUUCAGACCCAUCUGAAGUGUCAAGGCUAAAGGUUUGGGUGAAGUCGCGUACCAAGAAGGAUGGUACAGCCGUGAAUACCAAUGCCGCUGAGAAGAUUAUAAAGGCAGCGGAUAUUCUUAAAAGUAGUCGUGCGUCAUCUGCUUCUACUGAAUGUGAAGAUGCCCUGAACCAACUGUUAGGACCUGAUAAUCCUGGUCGAAUGAGAACGAUGGGUAGAAACAUGAGUAAAUCUAAGCUAGCUUUUUUCCAAGUGAAGCAUAAGUGUAUCGCUGAAAUGGAAGAGAAGCAAAUUCAUCUCCUACAAAAGGUCAAUGACUUACAAGAGGAAAUUGCCAAAAUGAAGAACCAGAGAGAAGAGCAUGAAGUUGGCGAAAACUCAGCAGCAAAAAGUGUGAACAAGAAAACUCAACCAAAGUGUGUCUUGGUUGAUUGGGCUGAUGACGAUGCGAAUGUUGCUGAGGGUCGUAUCAUUUCUUCUGAUCCGGAUGAGUCAGUCAAUGAUAGUCGCUUAGACCCUAAAGAUGUAAAAGUAUUGGUUGACGUUGCUACUAAACCGGAAGCAUUCCUCUGGAGACCUGCGAGUACAAUGUUCACAAUUAAAGAAGCUGUUGGGCAGAUGAUUGCAUGGCCUGCCACUAUAUGUAUUCAGCUAGAGCCAGAAGACGUUGUACUACUGGGCACAACGAAUAAUUCUCUGAACAAAUGCAAACUACUGGACUUGUCUACAGAUGAUACAGUCGUAGCUGAAGGACGUUGGCAGACACAAGAUCCAAAGGCAUUGGUUAAUGAACUUCCACUCGGACCUAAAGCAGUGAAAGUAUUCGUGGAUGAAGUACAACAACCUGAUACAUUUAUAUGGAGGCCUACGAUGGAUGUGACAUACCUUGAAGAUUGCCUACUGUCUUGUGUAGCGUGGCCUGUCAACAAAGUUGUCUUCGAAAACACCACAAACGCAUCAGGCCAUAAAUCUACUCAGAAUUCGUCCUCAACAGGUCUAAAAUCUGGAGCAACAGGUUUUAAAUCUCCUAGUGAGACAUUUCCGGCAACAUCUCAUGCUGAGAAGUCUCCCGCAACAUGUCCAAAAUCUUCAAAAAGGGGAACUCAGCAACUGUCUCAGUCCCAUCUAGAAAGAUCCCCGGUAGAUGGAGCUGAAGCUAUCAAGGAAAAUCAGAAGUGCAAGUUGUUGGAUAUAAGCGGGAAGAAGCGUGUUGUUGCUGAAGGACAGGUGCAUUCAACUGACCCAGAACAGAAGGUCCACUUUGUUCGCUUGGGGUCUAAUGCAGCUAGAGUUUGGGUUGAUAAAGUGAAGGAAGAUGAUGCACCAGUUUGGAAGCCGUCAGAUGAAAUCGAGUACAUGAAAGAUGCACUUGGCUCAUCUAUUGCAUGGCCAAUUGAGAAAUUGGUCGUCUUCUAA